GAUAUUGGGAGAAAAAGUUUUUGGAAUAUCGGUCACGGAGUCCUUCAUUGAUUGGUGAAAAUGGCAACUACGUAAGCGAUAUUAGUUAUGAUAAUCAAAUCUGUAUAUUCGUCUUCAUAUUUUUCAUUUAAGCAUUUAUUGAUACAAUUACCGUAUGUUGUGUUGCUUUUCAUUAUAACGAGUCCACUUUGCAUCCAUCCCAAAUUUCGCCAUGCAGGUAUUUGUAAAAACACUAACCGGAAAAACGGUAACCUUGGAGGUAGAGUCGUCUGAUACCAUCAGCCUAGUUAAAUGCAAGAUCCAAGACAAGGAAGGAAUUCCCCCUGAUAGUCAACGUUUUAUUUUUGCUGGAAGUCAAUUGGAAGAUGAGCGUACCUUGAGUGAUUAUAAUAUCCAGAAAGAGAGCACAAUUUCUCUCAUCUUGAAACUACGUGGUGGGAUGUUUCAAGAAACUAGUGGCCGCAAUGGAUUUGCAACACUCACGCAAAAUGUGCUAACACCUAAAGAACGUCCACAAAAUGGAAUUCGUGCGGUAAAAGUGAAUGGAAAGGAACAAGGUUGACACUGAUGGAUCGCUUCUUACUAUUUAAAUAUUCGGAAUGUCCUGAUUUUAUGACUUGUGCUUUGAUUGUAUUACAAUGUCUAACUUGCUUAAUGCAGACCCAAAGGAGUCUCCGAAAGGACCUUCUGUUGCCUCCCCAAUAGUGUGCCAAAGAUUGGAUGGAUGUCACUGAUCAGAUGCAGCAUGAGUUGGUUCGAGAGUUUGGAUAUUCAGAUGAGGCAGUACAAUU